UGUGGACGCCGCUGCCCCGCCCCCGGGAACCACGCCUCCCUCUCCAAGGCAGAGCGCCUCCCCUGGUACUGGGGCAGCCCAGGGAAACUGAGGACGAGUCUGGAAGACUUCUGGGGGAGGCCGGGCAAGAAUGGGAGCUAGAGACCUAGCGCUUUGGAGAGCCAGAGACCUUUGUCUCUGACCCGUUUCCUUCCCAACCAGGGUCGCCCACCCCCACCACAAUGGCUUCUGGGGUGGAGGUCCUGCGCUUCCAGUUGCCUGGCCACGAGGCUGCUACGCUUCGCAACAUGAACCAGCUCCGCGCAGAGGAGCGAUUUUGCGAUGUGACCAUUGUGGCGGACAGCCUCAAGUUCCGUGGCCACAAGGUCAUCCUGGCCGCCUGCUCUCCAUUCCUGCGAGACCAGUUCCUGCUGAACCCCAGCUCCGAGCUGCAGGUCUCGCUGAUGCACAGUGCGCGCAUAGUGGCCGACCUGCUCCUCUCCUGCUACACCGGCGCCCUGGAAUUCGCCGUCAGGGACAUCGUGAACUAUCUGACUGCCGCCUCCUACCUGCAGAUGGAACAUGUGGUGGAGAAAUGCCGGAAUGCCCUCAGCCAGUUCAUCGAGCCCAAAAUUGGCCUCAAAGAAGAUGGGGUCAGUGAGGCCAGCCUUGUCAGCGGGGUCAGCGCCACCAAGUCCCUCCUCCCUCCUGCCAGGACCCCCAAACCGGCCCCCAAGCCCCCUCCCCCACCUCCUCUACCCCCUCCACUUCUUAGGCCUGUGAAGCUAGAGUUUCCUCUGGAUGAGGACCUGGAGCUGAAGGCCGAGGAGGAAGAUGAGGAUGAGGACGAGGAUGUAUCUGACAUCUGCAUCGUCAAGGUGGAGUCGGCCCUGGAGGUGGCCCACCGGCUCAAACCCCCUGGAGGCCUAGGUGGGGGCUUAGGCCUUGGGGCCUCUGUGGGCAGCCACCUCGGAGAACUGGCCCAGAGUAGCGUGCCCCCCAGCCCUGUGGCCCCUCCGCAGGGUGUGGUGAAGGCCUGCUACAGCCUGUCCGAGGACGCAGAAGGGGAGGGUCUGCUGUUGAUCCCCGGUGGCCGGGCAAGUGUGGGGGCCACCUCUGGCCUAGUGGAGGCAGCAGCGGUGGCCAUGGCUGCCCGGGGGGCGGGGGGCAGCCUGGGUGCAGGGGGCAGCCGGGGCCCCCUGCCCGGGGGCUUCUCCGGUGGGAACCCGCUGAAGAACAUCAAGUGCACCAAGUGCUCCGAAGUGUUCCAGGGCGUGGAGAAGCUGGUCUUCCACAUGCGGGCUCAGCACUUCAUCUUCAUGUGCCCGCGCUGCGGCAAGCAGUUCAACCACAGCAGCAACCUCAACCGCCACAUGAACGUGCACCGCGGCGUCAAGUCGCACUCCUGUGGCAUCUGCGGCAAGUGCUUCACGCAGAAGUCCACGCUGCACGACCACCUCAACCUGCAUUCCGGCGCGCGGCCAUACCGCUGCUCCUACUGCGACGUGCGCUUCGCCCACAAGCCGGCCAUCAGGAGACACCUCAAGGAGCAACAUGGUAAAACCACAGCCGAGAAUGUGCUGGAGGCCAGCGUGGCCGAAAUCAACGUCCUCAUCCGCUAGCUAGCGCCAGUGGCCAGCGAGGCAGGCGCAAAGGCUGGGAUUCCUGGGCUGGGUGGGAAGACGCUUCCUGUUGCCUGGGAGACUAGGGGGGGUGGGGAGCCUGGAGCAGAAAGGUACCUUGGGGAACUUGAGCGGACACUUUCUGAGGGAGGGGGCGGAGGUCCCUUGAGGAGAAGAUCCAGCUUCUUCCCAGCUGAAGGACAAGAGAUGGAGGGGCUCUUUGGGAAGACCAAGACAAGAUAGGGCCACGGAGCAAGCUUGCUUUUCUUCCCUUAGAGGUGCAUGGACAAGUGGAGGGAGGGUAAGGGUCCGAUAGAUAGAAUGAAUAGAAGAAAAAAAAAA